UGUGUGUUGUGAAGUCAACCUAAUGGACCUACGACGAACAGAGAAAGGUUUUUUUUAAUCUAAACUGGAUCUGAUUCAGCUGCAGUUCUUUUGGUUGUUCCAGUCAGAGAGAUGAAGAAGCUCUGUCACCUGUCUAACAGCAUCCUGAUAGUCAGCAUUUUACUGAUUGUCUUCUUUCUUCCAGGUGCUUUUGCUCAUUGCGGUGAUGCUAUACCAGACCUCCACCUCACUACACCCAGUGAGAUUGAAGCUCUGAUUGGAUCUUGUGUGGAAAUCCCAUGUAUAUUUGAUACUUUGCCAGAAUUUAACAGCAGCGCACCCACUUACGGAAUCUGGAUGAAACAUAAGGGGGUAUAUGUUGUGGGAGCAAGUGAAAUUAAUUUUUAACAGCAGUGGGUCAGUUAACACCCAUCGAAUGGAAAUGGUUGGAGAUGUGAGAAGUAAAAACUGCAGCAGUCGACUUGGUGAGGCAGAAGUAGGUCAUGAAGACCAAUACUACUUCAGAGUUCACAACUCGGGGAUGUCUGCAACAUAUUGUGAUGAUUUUGUUGAGCUAAAACUUAAAGAUUCUGCUUGGACUCCUAGCAUUGUUGUUUCUGGAAGUGAUCUGAAGGAGCGUCAGUCUGUCACUAUAACCUGCUCAGUUUAUACUCCCUGUUUACCUUCACCUCCUGAACUCACCUGGAAUCUCAAAAAAAACUCUCACAGACAAAUAGAGAAAGUAGUUGAUGGAACCUUUACAUCUAAACUCCAGGAGACCAUCACUCUGUUAGACACACAUGAUGGAUACAGCAUCAAAUGUUCUGCUAGAUAUCCUGUGAAAGGAGGUUUCAAACAGUCACCAGAGACAGUAGAGACUCUCAGUGUUUCAUAUGCUCCUAAAGACACUAAAGCAUCCAUCAGUUUGUCAGGUUUGGUGUCAGCAGGUAGUCGGGUGGUGCUGAGCUGCUCCAGCAGAGCCAAACCUCCACCCAGCUUCAACUGGUACAGGAACAACAAAGAUGGAGCCAAUGUAGUGUCAACGGAGCAGCGUUACAGCUUCAGUGCUACUCCUGCUGAAGAAGGAGACUAUUACUGUGAGGCCACAAAUGGGGUGGAUAGUGAGACAUCGACAAGAAUCUGUAUUGACAUCAUUGAUGCUCAUUUUACUCCCAGCAUUAGUAUCUCUGUUGGUGAUCUGAGGGAGCGUCAAUCUGUCACCAUAACCUGCUCAGUUGCAACUCCCUGUCCACAAUCACAACCUGAACUCACCUGGAAUCUCCAGCAAGACUCUCUCAGACGAACAGAGAAAAACACAGAGGGAACCUUUACAACUAAAAUCCAGAAGAAGAUCACUCUGUCACACAAACAUGAUGGAUACAACAUCAGCUGUUCCACCAGACAUCCUGCGGAUAAAAAUGGCAACGCAGCAGAGACAGAAGUGACUCUCAGUGUUUCAUAUGCUCCUAGAAACACUUCAGUGUCCAUCAGUAAAUCAUCAGGUAACUGGGUGGAGCUGAGCUGCUCCAGCAGAGGCAAACCUCCACCCAAAAUCACCUGGUUCAAGAAAGGCCCCAAAAAAUUCACUGAAGUAGCUACAGGCAACUUUCACAAGGAUACAUUCACUGAUGGCGAUGAGUACUACUGUGUAGCUGCAAAUAAGCUGGGAAAACAGAAAUCAUCAUCGAUCAGUCUCACAGUACAAGGUACAUCGGGAGCCUGGGUUUUUGCAUUAAAAGCAACCUUGGGAAUAGCAGCACUUGGCAGUAUAGGGUUCUUCAUUGACAAAUGGCUCAAAACCUCUUAAUCUAGUCAGGCUUAUCAGUUGUGCUUGUGUGUAACACUAAAAAUAAGAUGUUACAACCCACUUCAACCCUGUCAGUGUUAUAAACACAUUAUGCAGUGACCAACUGUGAAACAAGCAAUAAAUAUUACAUUUAGUCAAAAUGCAA